AUGGACGGGCAGGUGAUGCUCUCGACGCUCUUGGAGUUUACUUUGUAUUGGAUACCACGCACGUUCCCUCUUUACAAGCUAGAUGCCCAAGGUGGUACAGACGGGCGUGUUUGGGAUGAUGGUUCUUACGACGGCGUUAAAACGCUGCGUAUUGGUCAAGAUAAUUCUCGUAUCACUUAUUUAGAGUUCGAGUACGAGAAAGGUGGGGAAUCAAAGACAUGUAACCAUGGGGGGAAAGGAGAUACACCAUCCGAGUUUGUGCUUGGUUACACAGACGAAUACAUCAAAUCGGUGGAAGCAACCUAUCAAAAGCCAAAUAUUUUUAGCAAUACCGUCAUUACGUCACUUAAGUUCGAAGCAUCAAAGGGGAGAACAUCAUUCUUUGGGUAUAAUGUGGGUAAGAAGUUUGUGUUGGAGCAAAAGGGUCAUAGGCUUGUUGGGUUCCACGGAAAGGAAGAUGCAGCUAUUGAUGCUCUUGGAGCAUAUUUUGGACCUGUUCCUACUCCUACUCCUUUGAUUCCAUCCAAGAAACUACCAGCAAUAGGCGGCAACGAAGGAGUUACAUGGGAUGAUGGUGUCUACGACGGUAUAAGGAAGAUACUUGUAGGACAAGGUAACGACGGUGUAUCCUUUGUCAAGUUUGAGUACAGUAAGGGCAAAGAACUUGUAUCCGGAGAUGACCAUGGGAAGGAGACAUUACUCGGAGCUGAAGAGUUUGUGCUUGAAGAUGGUGAAUAUCUCAUAACCAUAGAUGGCUACUACGAUAAGAUCUUUGGAGUCGAGGAACCAACAAUUGUCUGUCUUCAGUUUAAGACCAACAAAAGGGAGUCAAUGCCGUUUGGAAUGGAUUCUGGUAAGAAGUUCUCGCUUGGAGAGGAAGGCCAUAAGAUCGUUGGAUUCCAUGGACAAGCUAGCGAUGUUGUUCACAGCAUCGGAGUCACUAUCGUGCCCAUCACCACCACCGAGUAAAAACCUUCUAUCUUAUUAAUAAAACCAGUCAGUCAUAUAUAUACAAAAUGAAACUUCCAAUAAGAUUGGUGUGUGU